CAAUUAUAACACUGAAACAGAACAAAAACCCUACAUUCUCUAUUCCAAAUUCCAAAUUCCAAAUCCCAAAUUCCGAAUCCUAAAUUCCCACCGAACCAGUUUCCAAUUGCACCAGCAAGACCCAAGAUUCAAUGGCAUCGAAGAAGAAAGCGUCGGAAGGAAUCGCCUUGCUCUCCAUGUACAACGAUGAAGAUGAUGAAGACAUGGAAGAAGAUGAUCAAAUAGGGGAAGAAGAGCAACAUCCAUUCAAGGAAGAGAAUUUUUUCGAAUUUCUAGUCUGUUGAGCUUUACUAAUCUUCAUUUGAUUUCGAGUUGCUCUAUUGAAAUUUUUUUAACUACCUCUGAAUUUGCUAGGAAGGCUAGCCCUUUUUGUGAAAUCUUAGGUUAUUGUCGAUUUAGGGUUGUGCUUUCUCCAUUUCUACUUCUGCUUGACCAUUUCUGAGUCUUUUUUGGGUCUAGACCUCAUGAUUUUCUUUGAUUUUCGUGUUGUGAGUGCAGGAGGGUGAUAAUGGUAGUAGUGGUCAGGCUAUGUCUGGCGUGGAGCAUCAAGCUGGACCAGUAGCUGUUCAGUUGACUCCACAAUCAUCAAUUAUGGAAUCAUCACAACCUACUACCAUUAAUCAUGCUGCUAGCGAGUCAGAAGCUAUAGAAGUUGAGGAAGCUGUUAAAGUCUCUGUAGAAACUGUUGAUCCCUUGGAUCAAUUUCUUCCACCUCCACCACAAGCUAAAUGCUCAGAGGAACUGCAGAGGAAGAUAGAUAAAUUUCUCAACUUGAAGCGAGCUGGGAAAAGCUUUAAUGCAGAAGUGCGCAAUAGAAAGGAUUAUAGAAAUCCGGACUUCUUGCUGCAUGCAGUGAGGUAUCAAGAUAUUGAUCCGAUAGGGUCAAACUUCAGGAAAGAUGUAUUUGAUCCUCAUGGAUAUGACAAAAGUGACUUCAUUGAUGAAAUAGAGGCUGAUAUGAAGCGUGAAAUGGAGAGAAAGAAACAAGAAAACAAGAAGAAUAUGAUGGUUGAAUUUGUAUCUGCAGGAAUUCAACCUACACCCAAAUUGAGCAUUCCUAUUGCAGGUGCCUCAGCUGGGACUGCUGGUGCUACACGCCCUGCUCCAGCUGCAGCUGAUAAUGUUGCCCGGGAUGGUAGAAGCAAGAAGUCUAAGUGGGAUAAGAUGGAUGGGGAUUGGAGAAAUCCUCCUGCUGGAAGCCAGGAAUCUUUGUCUACUGGUGUGGCCCAUAUAUCACUUCCAUCAGCUACUAAUGCUGGUGGAUACACAGCUUUUGUGCAGCAAAGUCGACAACGCGAGGCAGAAGUAAAAAGAACCACUGAAAAGAACAGAAGAUCUUGAGCCAUUCAUGAUUCCUUGGAAAGGGUAUCCCAAACCAUAGUUUUGAAGCCUAAUUACACAAUUGAGCACGCUUUCUCUGGCUUUAUUCAAUUUUAGUCAUAUUAUUUUAUUAAAUUGUAGCGAGAGGUUUCCUUUCUUCUUUUUUUUUUUUUUUUUUUUAAAAAAAAAAAAAUUGUACCUUACAGUUUACUCAUAAUUGUAGCAUUAAUGAAGCCGCAAUGAUAUAAAACUGUAGUUGCAUA